AUGUCGCCUCAAACUCAACAGAAUGGAAAGUCCAUCAGAAAGGCUGGAACGGCUCAAAACGUGUCCCGCCCUUCGGAUAAACGCAAGAAAAAUAAGAAAAGGAAGGAAAGUUAUAGUAUUUACAUCUACAAGGUGUUGAAACAAGUGCACCCCGACACAGGCAUAUCAAGUAAAGCCAUGUCAAUCAUGAACAGUUUUGUCAAUGAUAUCUUUGAUCGCCUUGCUGCAGAAUCUUCGCGUUUAGCUCUCUACAACAAACGGUCUACCAUUACUAGCAGAGAAAUCCAGACAGCAGUUCGUUUGAUGUUACCUGGAGAACUCGCCAAGCACGCAGUUUCUGAAGGAACCAAAGCUGUAACAAAAUACACUAGCUGUAAAUGA